UUUUUUUUCUUCUUCUCUCUCUCUCCCUCUGAGUUUUCCCAGGCCCUCCUCCCAUCACUCUCCCUGAACCUCUCCAGCUCCACUUGAACUGUCCCGGGUGAGCAAAUGGGAUUUCCCGAAGCUGCGGGCGGCCGCUCUGCUACCUGCCACAGGGCUGCUGGGAAACAUCUGCCAGGUCAGGCUUUUCUCCCGGGCCUGCCACUUGACUUUUCCACCUCUAAACUGACAUCGGUUGUUCCCUGCAUGCAUCAUAAGCGUUUAAUUUGCAGAGCUCCUUCGUUUGGACAUGUUUUCUAGAGACGCCAUCAGUUUUGUGUCAAAUGCAAGUAUCCAAGAUCCCUUCUAGCUCUAGACAAGCCGAAGGGAAAAAUUGAGUGGUAGCCAAGUUAAAAGAUGUGAUUACAGGUUUGAAAAUGGCAAAAGCUACAAAAGUAACAACAGAAAGAAUGCACCAAAAUAGCCCCCUACAAUGUUUACGUGUAUCGGCAUUGAUCCCUGCUCCAAUGACCCCAAAGUUUCCCCAAGGCAUCUUACAAUGGGACAAACCAAGUUAAUAGAGUCCUGAUUUCCACAUGGGACACUGCCCCUUCCCCCACGCACAUUUGGGGAUUUUCUAACCACAGCUGAAUAAAAGUAGAGCUUUCAAAAUGGGUCCCAAAGAUGCCCUCAUUUCUCUCCUCUCCACAUUGCAGCCUGGCUCCAGGGGGUGAUGCCCAGAGCAGUGCUAAGGGCGAACCUGCACACCUCAAUAGGCCUUUUUCCUGCCUCAUAGGCCAAAUGGCCUCCAUAAGCCAACCCUGUCAUGUUUUUCAAAUCACACUGAAAAGUUUUUGUUUGUUUGUUUUUUCCAUAGUUCACCAGUCUUUUUCCUUGCAGCUCCUUGCACAGGGCAACACAAAAGGCACCCAUGCAGCGUUGCUGCGUCCCAGCCCUCCCCACACGAGUCACUCCAGGAACCUCUGCCACCUCUGUGUGACACUUGGCACAUGUCACCCUGUUUUUCACUCCAUCCCCAGGCUCUCAGCGACCUCCCACAACAUUUGCCUUCCCAAUGUUUUUUUUACUAUUAUUUUCUGGCCACGGAGGAACAGCGAGCGCACACGUCCAUGGAGAUAGCUGCGAUCACGUCCUGCUUCACAUCCCAACCCAGCAGCACGGGCUGUGGCACCUCAUACCCACAGGGCCCUGGGAUAUUACAGCCAAACACCAGCUUCCAUUUCCCAUCGUCGCUCCCAUCAUUUUGGCUCCAGCUUCUCCAGAGCUCUUCAAAGUCCUCUUUGGGCUGGAGUCAACCUAGAUAACACGUAAAUUAUUAAUCAUUUAAAUAAAUAGCAUGCCAUCUGCAAAUAGCCACUCACUCUGCACAUGGCUUGAUAAAUAUGUUAAACAACACGAGAGCGGAGCACGAAACCGCCAACCACUUUCUGCCAGCUUUUUUUGGGGGGGGAGAAGAAAAGCGGGUAUUGCUGCACGAGAGGCAGCAGGAGCGCAGCUCCGUCACACCUCGCUCCUGCUGCUGUACGAGCGCAGGAGGGAAAGACGGGCCCUUUUAUUUCACCAGAAGAAACAAAGCACGGGCUGAUGGCUCAGGGAACUUUCAGUCAAGGGCACAGCUUGAGGCUGGGGUUGCGUGGUUCCUGUUGCGCUCAGCUCCGGGCCGCGCAACAACCGCGCAGCCCCCGCGGUCAUUUUUUCCACCCGGAGCCGCCGCAGCGAGGCGGGGGCGGCCUGUCCCGGCUUGGCCCAGCUCGGCUCGGCUCGGCCCGGCCCGGCUUGGUGGCAGGAAGCACGGGGGGAGCAGCGCCCACCCCAUCCGCCGCGCAGGGAGCGGGCGGAGCCGCGCAGAGCCGGGGCUGCGCUUCCGCGGACACGCCAUGGACACGAGCGGCCACAGCGUCCUCCUCCUCCAGCAGCUGAACAUGCAGCGGGAGUUUGGCUUCCUGUGCGACUGCACAGUUGCCAUUGGAGAUGUUUACUUCAAAGCCCACAGAGCGGUGCUAGCUGCUUUUUCAAACUAUUUUAAGAUGAUAUUUAUCCAUCAGACAAGAUGCUCUGUGCCUCCUGUUGUUGGAGCGGCGCACACGGGCGAGGCGCAGCUCGCACAGCACCACUGCAGUGAAUGCAUAAAGAUUCAGCCUGCAGACAUCCAGCCUGACAUUUUCAGUUACUUGCUGCAUAUCAUGUACACCGGGAAGGGGCCGAAGCAGACCGUCAACCAGAGCCGGCUGGAGGAGGGCAUCCGGUUUCUCCACGCAGACCACCUUUCCCAUAUCGCCAUCGAGAUGAACCAGGUGUUCCCCUCAGAAGCCGUGCAGUCUUCAAACCUGUACGGGAUCCAGAUCUCAACUGCCCACAAAACGGCCAAGGAACGUCUGGGAGCGAAGGAGACGCUGGCCAAGCCGGGCAGCAGGUCUUCUGCCCAGGGCGAUCACCCGCAGCUGCAGCUCUCCCUCGCCAUCGGGCUCGACGACAGCUCCCUUGACCAGCAGGUUGCUCGCCCCACCGCGCAGCCGGCUGCUCUGGUCAAGCCGGCAGAAGAGCUGCCAAAGCUCUCCGUCUCCGUAAAGCAGGAGAAGUGUGACUCGGAGCCCGUGGUGUCACAGAGCUGCACCCCUCCUUCUCCGGACGUGGCCAGCCCCAUCUUUGCCAAGGCCAGCCUCAGGGUGCACUUGUGUCACUACUGCGGGGAGCGCUUCGACUCCCGGGCGGGGCUGCGGGAGCACCUGCACACCCACGUCUCGGGCUCGCUGCCCUUCGGCGUGCCAGCCUCCAUCUUGGAGAGCAGCGACCUCGGUGAGGUGCAGCCUCUGGUGGAGAGCAGGGAGGCUGGGGAGGGUCACCGCCUUGGGGCCUUCCUCCUCAAAGAGGACGAGCAUCAGCUGGAGCACCCGAGCUGCGGCGACCUCGAGCCGCUGCAGAUCGGCCAGCUCUCCCUCAUCUCCAAGGACCACGAGCCGGUGGAGCUGAACUGCAAUUUCUCUUUCUCGAGAAAGAGAAAAAUCAGUUGCACCAUCUGUGGCCGCGGGUUUUUCCGGAAGAGCCAGUUGCUGGAACACAUGUACACACACAGAGGGAAGCAGCCCAAGUAUGGCCGCUGCCAGCGGCUGGAGAGCCCCGCCACCCCCAGGUUUCGACCUUACGGUGACAGUGAGAGCAUGGGGAAGAGCCCCAGUUUAUCUCAAGACCACCUGGACGAAUGUAUAUUGGAAUCUGAUCUUAUCCAAGAAAGCGUGGAUACGAUCCUGGUAGAGUAGUCCUUCCUCCCCCUUCAGGCGCUGGAUAUGUGGGCAUUUUCCGUGCAGUGGGUGGCUGCUCUCUAGAACUGUCUUCAGCCAUCGUUCCCGUCAGCACUGAGCUAGUGAAGAACUGUGUUUGGCCUGUGUGUGUACUUUUUUACUUCUCUAACUUUUAAACUCAAGGUAAUUCAAAUCUAAGUCCUUCUUGGAAGCCUCCAUGUAACUCAGUUACAUUUUGAUAAAUGUGAACUUAUUCUUGCUCUGCUUUACUCCAGUUCUUAUUGUGGGCGUGAGGUUUAUACAUCCCCUAAUACACUGAGUGGCAUCAAGGGAUGUUUGUAUCCCCUAGAAUUGCUCUUCUGAAGCUAGUUGAGGGAAGUGUAGAGGGACAUAUAUAUUGCUCUUUCCCAAAUAGUUUGUUUUUAAUUUAAAUAAAUAUCUCAAGGAGAUAAAUCCUGAAGUUUGUGUUGUAUAAUUGCAGUUAAUAAAUCUCUAUAUAAAUACA